UAAAGAAGAGACGUCUAUAUUCCAGACUAUCAGGUCAAACUGCUUCAGCUAACAGCUAACAGCUAACAGCUAACAGCUAACUAGCUGCUCUCUGAGGUAACUCACCUGUUUGUUGUUUCUUGAUGUUUCACUGUGGAGAUCAACUGUUUAACUGAAGACUGAGCUGACGGUUCAGUUACGACUUCUCUCAUCACUCAGACCAGACCAGCAGCCCGGAGGCAGGUUAGCCACCGGCUAGCUACCUAGCAUGAAGUGUUAGCUGUGUUGCUAACAUGCUAGCAGCUGUGAUGUUCAUCGUCAGCAGAGAGACAGAGGAGCUGAAGAGGAGCAGAAGAGGAGCAGAAGAGGAGCAGAAGAGGAGCUGAAGAGGAGCAGAAGAGGAGCAGAAGAGGAGCUGAAGAGGAGCAGAAGAGGAGCUGAAGAGGAGCAGAAGAGGAGCAGAAGAGGAGCUGAAGAGGAGCAGAAGAGGAGCAGAAGAGGAGCAGAAGAGGAGCUGAAGAGGAGCUGAACACAAACUGAAGGUUUCACAUCGACCAGAGAACAACUGAACAUCAACGAGCUGCUAGAACCUCCAGGUCUGUGAGUUAGUCUCUCUUAAUGAGGUAGUGAGUCUCUGCUCUCUGCUCUCUGCUCUCUGGCACCAUGAGGAGACUGACUAAGAAGAAGGCUCUGGGUCUGGUCAAGGAGCUGGACGCUUUCCCUAAAGUCCCCGAGAGCUACGUGGAGUCCACAGCCAGCGGGGGGACAGUGUCUCUGAUAGCUUUCACUCUCAUGGCUGUCCUCGCCUUCCUGGAGUUCUUCGUGUACAGGAACACCUGGAUGAAGUAUGAGUAUGAGGUGGACAAAGACUUCAGCAGUAAGCUGAGGAUAAAUGUUGACAUCACGGUGGCCAUGAGAUGUCAAUAUAUCGGAGCAGAUGUUCUGGAUCUGGCAGAGAACAUGGUCGCUUCUGAUGGUUUAAAAUAUGAACCAGUAAACUUUGAGCUCUCUCCAGAGCAGAGGUUAUGGCACAUGACACUACUGCACAUCCAGGAGCGUCUCCGGGUGGAGCACGCUCUCCAGGACGUCAUCUUCAAGGCUGCCAUUAAAGAAGCUCCUCCUGCUCAGCCUAAAAGUGAGGACGGCACCACUACCCUCAGUGCCUGCAGGAUACACGGACACCUGUACGUCAACAAGGUGGCGGGAAACUUCCAUGUUACCGUUGGCAAGUCCAUCCCACAUCCCAGAGGCCACGCCCAUCUAGCUGCCCUCGUCAGCCAUGACACGUAUAACUUCUCUCACCGGAUCGACCACCUGUCCUUUGGAGAAGUGAUCCCCGGGAUCAUCAGCCCUCUGGACGGCACAGAGAAAGUCUCUCCUGAAUCUAACCACAUGUUUCAGUACUUCAUCACCAUCGUGCCGACCAAACUGAACACCUACCAGGUCUCAGCAGACACACACCAGUACUCCGUCACAGAGCGGGAACGAGUGAUCAACCACGCUGCAGGCAGCCACGGAGUCUCAGGGAUCUUUAUGAAAUACGAUAUCAGCUCACUGAUGGUCCGAGUCACCGAGCAGCACAUGCCUCUCUGGCAGUUUCUGGUCCGACUCUGUGGCAUCAUCGGAGGCGUAUUCUCUACAACAGGGAUGCUCCACGGUGUGGUGGGAUUCUUGGUUGAUGUCGUUUGCUGCCGUUUCCAGAUGGGAGUCUACAAACAUGUUAAGGAGGCUCCUCUGAACGAGCAGCCGGACAGUGAAACCUCCAUUCCUCCAGAAAAUGAAGCUGAAUAAGGAGAGUCUCUACAUCUCAGCUGACCGUCAGCUCACCAUCUCUGCCUAACCCUCCAGACAGCAACGCGACGCUGGCAACAUGUUUACAGCUUGUUUUAUUAUGAUGACGUCCCGGCUUUGUUCACAAGUGUGUAAAUAUUUGUAUUUUUAAAUUUUUUAUUGGGUGUGUUAAAGAUUCCGACGUGACUGUCAGUCCACCUGUGAAGGAUUAUAAUCCAUACCUCCACUAACUAUCUGUCAUUUUCACUGGAACGCUGCUGCAACACUAAUUAUCUACGUUAUCAUCGUGGAUCUGGUCGUGGAUCUGGGGGGGGGGGGGUAAAGGGGGGGAUAAAGGGGGGAUUGUGUGAGAUACUAGAAGGGGUUUAAAAUUGUUCCAACAGUGUGCCUAUGAGUGUAAAUUAGUGUUACAAAUACGAGGCUGAUUUAUUAAAUAAAAUCCACUUUCAACUUGAUGUGGACCCGUUAUUAAUAUUAAUAUUGUUUCUGGUAUCAUCUCACCUCGUGGCUGCUGCUAAUGAUUACUUUAAUUUUUGAGUAUUGUGCGUUUGAUAUUUUUUCGAGGUUGUUUUCAUGUAAUUUAGAGUUUGUUAUUCCAAUAGUUUAUAAACCAAUUUUGAACGUAGUAAGUAAGUACCGUUCAUCUUUACCUUUAAGACCGACUGGAGGUUUCCCUGAGGAUCAUCUGCUCUUCUUUAACAUACACAGGUUUUAAAAAUGUUUUCUAUGAACUUAAAUAUUUCUAACCAAAACAAAUUCAACUGGCUGCAUGUGUAGAAAAUGUGUGAAUGAUUUGCGUUUCUUUCACCUCAGUGUCUCCAGCACUGAGAGCUCGCUCUUCUUUUAGAUUUGCAUUUUAUAUAUUUUUUUCAUUCAUCAGUUGAAUCAUUUGGUCGAUAAAAUAUGAUCCCAAAGAUUGUGAGUCCAAAGUUACGUCUUCAAAUGUCUUGUUUUGUCCAACCGUCACCCAAAAAAUAUUAAUUUCGAAUGUUAUAAAACAAAAGCAGCAACACUUGAGAAGCUGGAACUUUAGAAAAUUUACCAUUUUUGCUUUAAUAAACAACUAAAUGGAUUAUUA